AGUUGAAUCGUCCCUUCGAUCGGUGGUUCGGUCGUCGUUUGGGUUUGGUUCCCUAUAUCGGUCUCCAUUUGGAUUUUCUGUGUGGCCCAUUGGUCCUGUGUCUGGUAUGCGGUCUGCCAGUGUGGAGUGUGCUUAGUAUUAGCCUCUUUAGUGGAAAGCAGUUUUGGCUUAUUGGUGAUUGUUAAACAUGGGUCACUUUCUGGGUGGGGAACCAAUAUAAUUAAUUGAGUGUAGGAUUUCGGGAAAAUGCUUGGAGGCGGAAACGGAAGGUGAACAAUCAUUGAGUAGUUCUUUAUUGAAUUCAUCCUCCUAGCGCAACAAGAUUGUGAGGUGAUGCGUUUAGAGGCAACGCUAAUUUGUUGAUUUUAGUGGAAAACUAAGUCUAUAGCUUGUAUAAAUGUAUAUACUGAGAAGAAAGAAAGUGUCAAGGUAAAGGAGCAAAAAAUUCGGCUGUGCGACACGAUAGAUCCGGUUUGUGUAACGUAGCUGAGCAAUAAUCGGAAGUGGAAGUGAACAAAGACACAUUCACUAUUAUUGCAUUGUUCGCCGGAACAAAUCCUCCAGCAUCGCCUCCUCGUAAGCAGCAUAGGAAUCGCUUGAUGCACAUCGUGGCGGCUGAAUGGCGUCGCCUGUGGAGACACCCGAGAACCUGCAAGACUGGGAGUAUGUCAAGCAAGGAAUCGCACUUUGGCUCAACAAUCAACCGAAAGCGGCCGAGGAGAGCUUCAACAAUCGCGAAUCGAGUGUGCACAUCGUGGCGGGACACACAUUCAUCUCGUUCAUGAAUGCCGUUAUCUCAUGGGAAACGGAAAAGAUGAACGAAGCGCAGGGCCUGUUGCGAGAGCUGGAGAAAAAGUGUGCCGGCGACAUCGGAUGGAUCAAAACAGUGCGUACGAAGCUGUUCGGAAGCUACGAGCCCCAAAAGACCCUUGCCAGUGCCCUUGAAGAGCAAAUCAUUUUGGCCGACACCCAACUGUGUCUGGCCAUUCUGGUGUCCCUGAGCCAAGAUAUUGGGGGUUUCGUCAAGGGCGGUUGGCUGCUGCGGAAGGCGUGGAAAGUUUACCAGCACACGUACAGCCAAAUCUAUCAGCUGUACACCAAGACACUGUCGUGCGAAAAUAUACCCCAGGCGCCACUGAGGCACCAGCUUCCAAGUUCAAUAUUGGAAUUGGGCACUCCGUCGUCCGUGGAUUGGACGGUGCCCAACUCGGUGCUACCGACACCCAGCCACAUAGAUGAUAAGCAAAUUCGCCUUACUAUCAGCAAUUGUCCCUCGAUGGAGGACCUCCGGCGAGAGAUGGCCAAAUCGCGCACACAAUUUUUCGCUCAAACUUUGACUGAAGAAACGAAACCCAAAGAUUCCACUUCAACUGAUCUCAUCAAUGGGGAAACUAGCAGUUCAAGUACGGGAAGCUGUGGCAGUGUGAAGCGGAGCUUUACGACUCAAUUCGAGGGUGUUGACCUAACGACGAAUCAUUCCAGUACUAAUGGCAGUAGCAUUACACCACAAAGUGCCUCUAAUAUGUCCAGUAGCAGCGAAUCGAUUACGGAACCGGUGCAACACGUGAUGAACCGAGAGCAGUUGAAGUUGAACAUCGAAGGAAUAAGUUCAAAGCGACGGUUUAACGGUCUCAAUGGAUUUAGACAAGUCAGGCCACCUCCCGAACCGGCGAACCAUGACGUGGGAGGAACCACUACAGAGGACAUCACACAAAUCAAACCAGAAGACGUUCGAAGACUGAUGGGGGCCGUCAGCUUCGGCUACGGUGUGUUUCAGCUGAGCAUUUCGCUUCUUCCACCCAGUUUGCUGAAGCUGAUCAGCUUUUUAGGAUUCGAGGGCGAUCGAUCCAUGGGAGUUGCCUGUUUAAUGCAUUCCAGGUCAAGUGUAGAUAUGCGAGCGCCACUUUCGACGUUGGCCUUACUGUGGUACUACACCAUAGUGACGCCAUUUUUCGCUCUGGAUGGGUCUAACUUGAAGUUCGAGAUCUGUUCAGCGCAGGAGCUGAUCGAAGAGUCUACCGAGUUUUCCAAAUCUUCGCUCUUUCUUUUCUUCCGUGGACGAGUGGAGAGGUUGAAGUCCAAUAUCAAGGAAGCUAUCCAGGCGUACGAGUUUGCAUAUCGCUCUUCGGCCCAACGGGAAAUCAAGCUACUGUGCUUGCAUGAAAUCGGCUGGUGUCGACUGAUCCAGCUGGAUUACGGAACAGCAAUGAACAACUUCAAGGAUCUACGUCGAUGCAGCCAGUUUUCCAAGAGCUUCUACGCGUAUUUAACAGUCAUCUGCCAGGGGGCACAUGGGUACUUUGACGAGCUGACUAAAUGGCGAUCGGAGAUCUCCGAACUGCUCAGCCGCUCUAGUCAGAAAGAAUCCCAGAUCGAGAAGUACAUCUACCGCAGGUGCCAAAAGCUGCCGAAAUCAGAAACGGAAACGGAGAAGUUCGACUGCGGAUACUGGCGGCUGUUGGUGUACGAGAUGCUCUUCAUGUGGAACGCUCUGAGCAGCUGCAGUGAAGAAACUUUGAGUGAGGUUAUAGAAGAUUGCUGCAAAUCGCAGGACGAAUCAACCGAACCGUCGCAAGGUUUGAGACAAUUGAUUUUGGGAGCCAGUUUGGGUUGUGGGAAGCGGUAUGAGGAAGCAAUGAGCGCUUAUCGGACGUGUAUUGCUAUGAGGAAUGACGAGCAGGACCUGCAGCAGAAUGUCCACAUUUCCGCAUUUGCCCAUUACGAGCUCGCAAUGUUGCUUCUAAGAGAACAGAAUAGUGAGGCAAAAGCGGAAGCCAAACAGCUGCUGCUACAUGUGCAACAAAACUAUAGGAGCUUCGAUUUUGAUAAUCGCAUUACUGUCCGAAUACAUUCCAUAUUGAGGAAGCUUAAUUAAGGGGAUGAUUAGAGUUUAGCGCUUGGAAAUUGAUUGAUUAACAAAAUAAAAUGCUUGAAUAACAUGACAUUGAAUUAUAAGACUCAUCAAUGAUAAAUUAUAUACAUUUUAGAUUACUCCUGUUGUUCCUGUAAAACUCUGGUUAAGGAGACGUUAAGAGACGAAAAUUGGGAUUUAUCCAUUAAUAAUUCAUUGGUGCCUUAUUUGACCGAAAAACCACCAUCCAAUACUAGAAAAUCAGAUUUCGAAUCCAGCACCCGUUAAUCACGCUUGAGCAAUAAAGCAUAACUCCAGUAGAUAAACUUGUAAUUGAAUAAAUUGCGGCAUGGUUUUGUUUCUCAAAAAUUGUUACAUGGAUGAGUAUCGUGAAGAAACACACAAAUCCUGUCAGUCAAAAAAAAAGAACCUCAUUGUAAGAAUUGAACAUGUUAUAUGCUACUGUUAGGCACUGGAGAUAGGCUUCAUAACCAUGACAAAUCGAUUGCGGAAAUCAGUUUCGCAGGAACAAAUCCAGACAAAUAAUACACGAGAUGCAAAAAAAAGUUCAACAUGUGAUAAUGAAAAUUGGUAUUUAAUAAAGUUUGUCUCAAGAGAA